UUACAUUAUUAUUAUUUAUUUUAAUUAUUUAAAUUAUUUGGGCAAUUUACUGUUCAUGCUGCACUUUAUAUUAUGUUGUUCAUAUUUGGUGUCUAUUCUAUCUAUUUAUUCUCCACAUUAUUAUUAUUAUUAUUAUUUGUUUUUACUUAUCUUCUUUUGUGUCUGUUAUUAUAUGGGAGCCAGGCAACGACAUUUCGUUGGCAAUUUCACUACUGUGUUUUUGUGCAAUGACAAUAAAGGGAGUCUAUCUAUCUAUCUAUCUAUAUUAUAUGAUAUUAUAUUGUGAUACACAUGAUACAUAUUCCAGGUAUCACCUGAUUUCCACCCCACGUGAGUGAUGGUCGCACCUUGGACAGCCCAAUGAAAUACUUCCGGCUCCGCCACUGUUGUGGUGCUAUUCCACGCCAGUCCGUUAGAUGGCAGUAGAUUACACAGCGCCACCUGCUGGCUACGGUGGUGACGCUACAAAGUCUUGUAGCCAUUGUUUGUAUUUCCUGCCUACCACCAACGAAGCACAGCAUCAAGUAUUUAAGAGUCGAGGUUGUACUUUAUUCGUGGUGUGGUGCCAGUCGUUAAGAAUGUGAGGUUUAACCCACCGCCUCCGGCUCUAUUCCUCCCACGCAGAGUGCUCUUGAGCAAUGUGGUAGUAGUAUAAUACUAUAAUCACAAUACCGACUAAAAAGUUCUUAGUAGAUGUUUUAACAGCUCUGUGUACGAUGCAGAGCGUUUGGACGUGAGUGCAAACUACAGCCACGAUAAUAAAGCUAUUGUUAAAGGAAUGCAGUGUAAAUGUAGGCUAAAUACAAUCCCUCUAACUUGGGGAGUUGUGGGAACUUUUCAAAUAAUAAAUGACCGCUGUUUUGGGGGUUGACUGUAGUCUGUUAUUAGUCCAAAUAUGCUGAAAGGCAAGUUGUCAGUAGCAUUGUCGCCACUUAGCAUUACUAAUGUUGUGAGACGUGACCUUAGAGACACCUGAAAACAAGAUUCUCCUCCCUUUUCAUCUGGAAGUGCCCCCCCGGCCCCCAGUGAGAGACGGUGGGUGAGGGCUUUCAAGGACGCCCGGCCUGCGGUCUGAAUGGACGGGAGGCUGAGAGUGGAGUGGAGGAGUGACACGGCGAGGAGGGGAGGAAGUUCAUUAUCCCGCUGAAAAGGAAACCAAUGGCUUUGGUGGUUGCCGUGGCAACGGGCCUGUUUUUGGCUGUCAGCGCUAUGAUAAGGACGCGUGGCAGCCAGGAGGACGAUGGAAGAAGCCGUCUGACCUUCACAUAGAACCAGGACCUCCACCAAGCCCACCUGGAUGGACUUCACCUGAGCAGGAGGGCCUCAGUCUACGCAGCGGUUCCGUGGCUACGACUGCAAGGUCCAGUUUUAGUGCAAAUGACUUUUGAGUGGCUCAGAGGCCACACAGCCUGGACGGGACCCAUAAUAGUCUGACCUCUGUGACCUCUGUGACCUUGUUGAGCCAACAGCAGCGCCCCCGCCCUGCCGAGAGAGAGUGGCUGUUUGGAGGAAGUGUGAAAGAGAUAUGAGGACGCUCCUUGCUUCGCCAGCCAUGCCGCACCACGAGAACAACAGCACCACCCCCAGGGGGACACGCCCACAAGGGGGACACACCCACCAGGGGGACACGCCCACCAGGGACCUAAAUAGACCGGGGGCUCGCCGUGGCGGCUGGGUGGCGGCGAGGGCCCGGCGAGAUGUUCUGUGGACGCCCUCGUGGUCCGGCUGCUGUAGAUGCGUCCUCGGCGGAAGCGAUGGCGGCUGCUGGGGACCCCAACAGGGAGACUCCCCACCCGAACACGUGGAACUGGACUAAAGGGGAACCGUAUCCGCCUGCCUUCAGUCCCCCUUCCGCCCGUGGACUCCCGGCCACCUGUGUCGUCCUCCAGCUCACCCCGCCCCAAGGCCUGGAAGGCCCGGAGGGCAGGACUUCAAAUAGGACUUCAUCGGGAUGAAGCCGGCAUGCGGUCAAACUAUCAGAACCACAUCCUUCUAACUGAUGGAUGGAUGGAUGGAUGCGUGGAGCGGCUUCCAGCACCCGGCCAGUCUCCCCGCCUCUGAUUGGCCGCCCGGCGUAUGCGGGAGCUGGCUCCUGAUUGGCCGCCAGCCGCCCAUUGUGGAGCUGUCAAUCACGGUCACAUGGUGCCGGCGCCCGGCCUAAUAACAGCCAGCCUGGAGAACAAGUUUGCAGACUUGGGUCGAUGAGCUCGCAGCUCGGAGGAGCGACACACCAACACCUGCUGGCAACCUUCUCUUCUGGGCUUCCCCGUCUGUUGCUCCUCUUUCGCUCCUCUUUCGCUCCUCUUUUUCGUCCACCUUCCUCCGCGGAGACGGCUCGGCGCGUCUUUGACUUUCCGCGCUCGUCGCCCAACUUCCCGCGCCAGCCGCCAGAGAAUGUACAACAUGAUGGAAACGGAGAUCAAGUCCCCGCUCCCGCAGCCCAACUCGGGCUCGGGGGGUCCGGGCUCCAAGGGGGGCAGCGCCGGCGACCAGGAGCGCGUCAAGCGGCCCAUGAACGCCUUCAUGGUGUGGUCCCGGGGCCAGCGCCGGAAGAUGGCCCAGGAGAACCCCAAGAUGCACAACUCUGAGAUCAGCAAGCGGCUCGGCGCCGACUGGAAGCUGCUGACGGACGCCGAGAAGCGGCCCUUCAUCGACGAGGCCAAGCGGCUGCGGGCCAUGCACAUGAAGGAGCACCCGGACUACAAGUACCGCCCCCGCAGGAAGACCAAGACCUUGCUCAAGAAAGACAAGUACUCGCUGCCCGGCGGGCUGCUGGCCCCGGGCGCCACCGCGGUCAGCAACCCGGUGCAGGUGGGCCAGAGGAUGGACGGCUACAUGAACAGCUGGACCAACUACUCCCUCAUGCAGGACCAGCUGGCCUACCCGCAGCACCACGGCAUGAGCGGCCCCCAGAUCCAGCAGAUGCACCGCUACGAGAUGGCCGGCCUCCAGUACCCCAUGAUGUCCUCGGCGCAGACCUACAUGAGCGCGGCCUCCACCUACAGCAUGUCCCCGGCGGCCUACACGCAGCAGGCGGCCGGCGCAGGCGGCGGGGGCGGCGGCGGCGGCGGGGCGCCCGGCGCCGGCUCCAUGGGCCUGGGCUCCAUGUGCAAGAGCGAGCCCAGCUCCCCGCCGCCCGCCAUCACGUCGCACUCCCAGCGGGCCUGCUUGGGGGACCUGAGGGACAUGAUCAGCAUGUACCUGCCCCCCGGAGGGGACAGCGCGGAGCACUCGUCCCUGCAGGGGAGCCGGUUACACAGCGUGCACCCCCACUACCAGAGUGCGGGGACGGGCGUCAAUGGGACCCUACCGCUCACCCACAUCUGAGGGCCGGCCUGCGGGCGCCACGGCGACCGGUGAAAGACUUUUCGAAAUAAACAAAGUACUUGGAUACUUGAACUUUUUGGCUCGCUGUCGCGAGAAAGCGGUUUUACGGCGACCCGGUGGUUUUGGACUCGAGUCCGGCUCGGUUCAAGACGGAGCGAAAGAGACGCUAUGAAAUAUUGAAAUAUUGAAAUAUUGAAAUAUUGAAAUAUUCCUUGCCAUAUUCUCCUCAAGCGGCGUCACCGGGCUGCUUUAUUUCACAGUAAAAGAAAUGUUUACACUUUAUUUCUAGGAUGUCAUGGAUCCAGACCUGUAGACCCCCCCC